AUGCAUCCUGGGAGUGACCCCAUGGGUGUACCUCCCAGCUUUGCAACGCGAAGACCUCACGCCCAACAACUAGGUAGCUUUGAGCUUCCUCCACCACCCAUGCACAAAUAUCCCUUCACCAAUACCGUCACCACAUCACAAUCAUCGCAGGCUCCGACCACUAUUGGAAACCUGUUGACUCCGCCAAACACAACUCACAGUGAUGUGAUUGGCUCAUCAGCUGUCUCCACAAGCAACGCUCAGUACUCGACAGCCAUGGCAUACUCCAAUGGACAGUAUGUUUACUCUCCGCCAGCACAGGGAUCGGCGGCACACUACGGCUACCCGGCGGCACAUCACCAACAGCAGCACCAAUACGGCCAAGCCCGUGGAGGUAUGUUUGCUCCGCCGCGCAGCGAAGGCCAGUUCGGACGACAAGACUCACUGGGAAAAGGGCUGAAUCCGCCACCAUAUGAGAUGAAUCAGCAACUUCCACCUUUUACGCCUUCGUCCAACGGAGCGAGUAUGCCCUCGAUAUCCACGCAGCAGCAGCACCAACAACACCACCAUCAACAGAUGAUGGGCGCACAAACACCAGUUUCCUCUUCGGCACCACAACAAUCACCAGCCCUCAGUCAGGACUCCUUUAGGCCACCCCAACCACCAACCCCCACAUACAGCUACCACACUGCCAGCACUCCGCAACACUCAAACUUCCCCUACUCUACUGGACCCUCCCCAACGCUGAGCCAACAACAAAGCCCCAUCAGCGCUGGCGGUUCCAUGCCCCGCAUGUCUCCCGCCGUAUCUCAAGGUUCAAUCCCUUCGAUCCCCUCCAAUAACCCCUCCCAAUCACCCUACCAAUACCAACAAAGACCACCGCUUCAAUACGCUGGCGGCCAGGCCCCUGUCUUUUCCAACGUUCAAAACCCCAAUGGCGGACUUGCCUUGGUCGGCGGCCAUCCAGCCAUGAUGCCUGGAUUCAACAGUGGCCAUGCAGCCGCUAUGCCGCAUUUCAUGGGUCACCCGCAACAUCAGCAGCCCGCUGCCAAUGACCGGCCCUUUAAAUGCGAUCAGUGCCCACAAAGCUUCAACCGCAACCAUGACUUGAAGAGGCAUAAGCGGAUCCAUCUCGCCGUCAAGCCGUUUCCCUGCAACCACUGCGAUAAGAGCUUCUCGAGGAAGGAUGCCUUGAAGCGACAUAUCCUCGUCAAGGGAUGUGGGAAGGCCAGCGCGGACGACAACACAAAACGCGAAACCCCGUCGCCCAAGAUUGAAGACUCGAAAUCACAUUGA